GUGUCGACAGCCUUCCAGUCCUUCCACUUGUCUCUCAUUUUCGUCGGAGAAGUACUGGUCUACUCUUCAACAUACGCUCUUUUUACAUCCUCAGGCUCAAAGUUAGGAGAAAGACUUUCCUUCAAUAUGAUAAAAUCCGUUCUCUACACCUCGGCUUUACUAGCCGCAUUUCAAGGAGUUCAAGCUGGUAUCAACUUAAACAGUGCUCAAAAUAUCGCCGUGUACUGGGGGCAAAACUCCAUAAACUUGGCCACUGGCAACACAGCUCAACAAAGAUUGAGCUACUAUUGUGAAAAUGGACCUCAGGUAGAUACCUUAAUUCUGUCCUUCAUUACGAGGUUCAAUGGCGAGGGUGGUUAUCCGGAGACCAACUUUGCCAAUGCCGGAAAUAACUGCACCACGUUUGAUGGGACCCAGCUCCUGAACUGUCCACAAAUUGCUGAUGAUAUUGUGACUUGCCAAAGCCUUGGAAAGACCAUUCUCCUCUCCACUGGAGGCGGCACCUACAAUGAAGGGGGAUUCUCUAGCGAGGCUGAAGCAGUUUCCGCAGCAAAUCUCAUGUGGGAGGUCUUUGGACCCGUGUCCAGCAACAGCUCUGUUCUGCGUCCAUUUGGCACGGCUGUCAUUGAUGGUUUCGACUUUGACUUUGAGAACCUUCAAAUGAACAACAUGCCCGCUUAUGCCAAUCAACUGCGCAGCCUGUAUUCGGAAGACAAGUCUAAGACAUAUUAUAUGACAAGUGCUCCACAGUGUGUCUAUCCUGAUUAUGCUGAUGGGCCUAUGUUGGCCGGUGCUGUGUACUUCGAUGCCAUCUUUGUCCAAUUCUAUAACAAUGGCUGUGGUAUCAACAGCUACGUUCCUGGUGCAUCAACGCAGUGGAACUUCAAUUUUGACGUCUGGGAUAACUGGGCCAAAACUGUUUCUUUGAAUCCUAAUGUCAAAGUCUACAUUGGCGUUCCUGGCAACACUGGGGCGGGUAGUGGUUAUGAGCCACCUGCAACAGUCGGCGAGGUCAUUGACUUUGUAGUCAGUUCUGGCUGGACUUCCUUCGGUGGUAUCAUGAUCUGGGAUGCUAGCCAGGUUUGGGCCAAUACUGGAUUUUUGUCUUCAGUUUACUCCUAUUUGCCUACCGGCAGUGGCACAACAACUCCUACUUCUACAAGAACCACUACGACAUCGAAACCGACCUCGACUACCUCGACGACAUCAUCGUCAACCACACUAAUUACCACUACAACCUCAAAGAUAUCCACAACUACCACCUCCUCAACUACCACGUCCACUGCUCCAAGUACUACCUGCCCCGUCUCGGGAGGUCACUGUUCUCCUAAUGGUGUAUAUGCCUGUACGGGCGGCAGCUUUGGGAUCUGCGAUAACGGUGCCUGGGUUAUUGAGUCCUGCUCCACCGGACAAGUUUGCGUGCAAGCUGGAAACGGAGUUUACUGUGACACUGCUGGCUCUAGCGAUCCAGUGUGUUAAAUCUAUUAGACGCGCUUAAGACCCUGUAGCUAUGCAGCUAUCUCGAUGUUAUUUCAGUUAUCAUUUAAGACCAAUGAUAGGAUAUCUAAACAGAACCCCCUAAUACCAUAUUCAUCUAUGU